UCACCCUCCGCCUGCGCCGCGGCUGCUGCUGCUGCGUCGGGUGAGGGAGCGCGAGCGAGUGGCGCAGCGAGAGACAGCGGCCUCCCCGGGCAGCGUGAGGGGGAGAGGCCCGCGGGGUGGCGGCUGGAAGGUACUGGAGGCACCAGUGGUGCUAGUCUGUGAGCGCCAUGUACAAUGGGAUAGGACUCCCCACUCCCCGGGGCAGUGGCACCAACGGUUACGUGCAGCGCAACCUGUCAGCUGUGCGCCAUAAGAAGGAUCGUACAGAUUACAAGUCGGAAGAGGAGUUGAGGAAGCUGGAGUCGUCCUUGGUCAAAAAACCUAACCAGGAUAUCCUGGAUCACGAGCGCAAGCGGAAGGUUGAGCUGAAAUGCUUAGAGCUGGCUGAGCUCAUGGAGGAGCAGGGGUAUGGAGAAGGAGAGAUCCAAGAGAAGGUAGCCACUUUUCGGAUGAUGCUUCUGGAGAAAGAUGUAGCAGUGGUCAAGGAGGGAGAACAGCAGCAGAAAUCAACUGUCACAGAAACUCAUCAGCUGGCUGAGGCCAAUGAGAAGAAGAAUGAGCGGCUCCGAGCUGCAUUUGGUAUUAGUGACAACUAUGUGGAUGGAAGCUCCUUUGACCCUAACCGUAGGGCAAAGGAAGCUGCAACAGCUGCUGCAGCUAAACAGCAGCAGGAGCAGCAAAAGCAGUACAGAGAGUCCAGCAGUUCCCGUUCACCCUCUCCAAAACAGAAAAAGAAGAAAAAGAAGAAAGAUAGAGGCAGAUCUGAGAGCAGAUCACCUUCUCGAAGAGAGAGGAAAAAAAGCUCAAAGAAAAAGAAACACAGGUCAGAGUCAAAGAAAAGGAAGCACAGAUCUCCAAGCCCCAAGAGCAAACACAAAUCUAAGGAGAAGAAACGAAAGAGGUCCACCAGUGAGUCUACAUCUCAGAAAGACCGGCGGGAUCGUUCUUCCUCCCCAGAUGGCUCUUCUUCAUCAGAUGGUUCCCGCAGCAGCAGGUCGGGCAGCGUCAUUACCCAGAAAAAGGCAACAGUGAGACGGCAGAGCCAGUCCCCUUCAGCAACUUCACAGAAGCGAGGAGAAACUGAAGAGGUUUCUAAGAGCCUGCCAGAGAGAGAACGUUCAUCUUCUGCUGAAUCUAUUCGGCAAGGCAGGAGCACAAGUCCAAGACACAGCAGAGAAAAGCAGGAGAAAACCAUGUCCAAACACUCUCCAACACAUGAGUCUCGUCAGCGUUCUGCCACCCCUCCAUCUCCUGCCAGAGAAAAGGAGAGAGACAAAGAAAAGAAGGCUUCUCGGCAUGGGUUUCGGAAAUCCACUCCACCAUUUGAGCAGGAUUCAAAGUUCAAAAGUUGUUCCCCAAUGCCAAAUGAUCCUCCUCGGGAAAGGGUCUUGGGACAUAAGCGUCCCUCCUCCAAGGAGAGCAGGUCUCCUGUCUCUGUCUCCCCGCCUCCUAAGAAGACCUCAGAGGAUCGUAAUGGGACUCUCCCAUCAUCCAAGUCCAAGACAUCUCCAGAACAGAGGCAGCAGAUGGCAGCUUCUUCGUCUUCUCCUGCUUCUGCAGCCAUUGAGACCAAGUUGAGAAAGACUUCUCGUGAUGGCUCUCCACCUCAGCGCUCCCAUUCCCCUUCAGAGAGUGGUAGCUGCUCCUCUUCCUCCUCCUCCUCUUCCUCCUCUCCUUCCCCAGCAAACAAGCCAACCCCAGCUUCCCGUAGAUCUUCCCCUGAGGAGCCUCCCAGAAGACAAGACAAAGAGAAGGCUUCCACUCGGAGAGAGAGGUCUAGUUCAUCUCCUGAGAUCUCCCGUUCUGGGCAGAAGCAGUCUGUCAAAACCACAUCACGACGUGAACGUUCAGGCACCCCUCCAGCCAAGGGCACUAAGUCAAGAGCCAGGAGGAGGGACAAAUCUCUUUCCCAGACACCCAUUACGCGCAGAGGUAGGUCUCGAUCUCGCACCCCACCCAAGAGGGCCAGAUCCCGCACCCCUCCAAGGAGGGGAAGGUCUCGCUCUGCCCAACGGCGUGCCAGAUCUCGUUCACGCACUCCUCAAAGAAGGGCACGAUCUCGUAGCCCACAAUGGCGUGGACGCUCAAGAACACCCCAGCGUUGGGGCAGGUCACGCUCACGCACUCCUCCCAGAUGGGGUCGGUCCCGUACUCCUCAGAGGCGUGGUUGGUCUCGUUCUAGAACCCCCCAAAGGCACGGAUGGUCCAGAAGCAGAAAUAGUGGAAGAUGGGGAAGGUCAAGAACCCCACCAAGAAGGGGCAGGUCACGUUCAAGAACCCCGCCAAGAAGGGGUAGGUCUAGAUCUAGAACUCCACCUAGACGAGUGAGGUCUCGGUCCAGAACCCAGCCUAGAAGAGGGCGGUCUAGAACCAGAAGCCCUCCUAGGCGAGGGAGGUCAGCCUCUUCACCAAGGAGGGAAAAGUCUUUGAUUUCUGCUAGACGAAGCAGGUCUGUGUCAUCUCCAGAUCGGAAGGCCUCCAGAAUUUCUUCAAGAAGAAGCCGAUCUGAUUCCUCCCCUCAAAUGAGAGAGAGGUCCAGAAAACCGUUGAGACGUAGCCAAUCUCUGUCAUCCCCUGAAUCAAGAAGCAGAUUGCGAGCAUCUCCCAGACGUAGUCGGUCUCGAUCACUUCAGAAAACAAAAAAGAAAUCCCACUUAUCUCCCAGAAGGAGUCGUUCAGCGUCCUCUCCAAGAUCAAGGAAGAAAAAGUCCAGAACGCCUCCACGGCGUAGUCGCUCUCGUUCUUCUCCACGACCGAAAAAGAAAUCCAGAUUAUCACCUAGGCGAAGCAGGUCUGGUUCUUCACCUAAUAAGAAAUCCAGGUCACCUGCCAGACAUAGCCAGUCCAGGACACCUCCAGCAGUCAAAAAUAAAUCUAGAAGGUCCCCAAGAAGAAGCAGAUCUAGCUCAUUGCCAAGGCUUACAAAGAAAUCUGAGGUUUCUUCAGCAGUUGAAGAGAAAUGUAAAAUGCCUUUCAGACGGAGUAGAUCUGGUUCAUCUCCAGCAUUGAGGAGAAAAUCUAAAUCUCCUGUAAGACGUAGCAGGUCAGGUUCUUCGCCAGAACUAGAUAAAAGAUCGCCAAGGAGGCGGAACAGGUCUGAAUCUUCAGAAGUCAAAAUAAAAUCUAAGUCAUCUUCAAGGUCAGGGUCUUCACCAGGAAUGAAGAAAAAGCUGAAGUCUCCUCCAAGACGGAGCAGAUCUGGUUCCUCUCAGUCAUCUGCAAAAGAGAGCUCCUUAUCGCCUCCAAGAAGAGCCACCUCUCCGGAGCAAAAGUCCACACCUCCAUUGCAGCGAAGCAGGUCUGGGAGGUCCCUAGCAGCUAAAGAAAAAUCCAGAUCACCAUUCCAAAGGCAGAGCAGAUCUGGAUCACCCCCAGCUUUGAGAGAGCAGUCUGCUUCUCCUCCAAGGCGAGCUUCGUCUGGAUCUUCCUCUGAACCAAAGAAGAAAUCCACUUCACCACUUGGGAAACACAGAACUGAUUCUUCUAUGGAAUUGAAGAAAUCCAGGUCACCACCAAGGCGGAGCAGGUCUGGUUCUUCUCCAUUGAUUGAAGAGCAGUCUAGAUCACCACCCAGAAGCAAGUCCAGAUACUCGCCUGAUGUGAAAAAAUCCACAUCUCCUUUGAAGCAAGCCAGGUCUGGGCCCUCUCCAUCAGUAGCAAAAGAGAAGUCUAGAUCCCCUGUCAGGAGAAGUGGAUCCAGGUCAUCUCCUGAACUAAAUGGUAAACCUAAAUCUCCACCAAAACAAAAUAAAUCCCAAGAAGUUAAAGUAAAAUCUGGAUCACCUUCAAGGCACAACAAAUCUGGAUCCCUGGUAGUAAUGGAGAGAGCUGCGUCACCAUGCCAGAAGAGCAAGGCAGGUUUAUCUUUGACUGGAAAAGAAAAGUCACAUUCACCCCCAAGGCAGGGCCAACCCAUGAUGUCACCUGUUCCUAAAAAGUCUGAGAUUCCAUUGAGGCGAAGUAGAUCUGGAUCUUCCUCCUCCUCUUCUUCCUCUUCCUCCUCCUCUUCCUCCUCCUCCUCUUCUUCAUCGUCAUCUUCUGCAGAGGAAGAUAAAUCUCAAUCACCCCCAAGUCUGAGCCGUUCUGCAGCACUGUCAAUUAACAAAGGCAAAUCUAUGUCCCCUCCAGCGCGCCAAAGGUCAGAUUCCUCUCCCGAGCCAGAGAACAUCCUAUCUACAGCUGCUGUAAAGCACAACAGACCUGGAAGUUCUCCAGAAGCAAAAGAGACUUCAAGAGUUGCAGUAUUGGGGACUAGAUCACCCUUGGAAAAGAAAGAAACCCCCAGAGAUGCUCCUCGGAGGAGUAGGUCGGGAUCAUAUUCUGGUGGUAAAGAGAAACCACGAACACUCUGCAGUGGGAGCAGUUCAGAGUCUUCCCCAGAACGAAAGGAGGAAUCUGUAAGCAGGUCUGUGUCACCUGUGAGGCCUACUGUAAAAUCAAGAACACCUCCAAGGCACAGGACAUCACGGUCACCACCAAGGCCUAGAGCAAAAUCUAGAACUCCUCCAAAGCGUGGCAGGUCUGGAUCACCACCACGGCCCAGAGUGAAGUCCAGAACACCUCCAAGACGACGUAGAUCUGGAUCAUCUCCAAGACCCAGAAUGAAAUCCAGGACACCUCCAAGGCGUCGCAGAUCUGGAUCAUCUCCAAGACCUAGAGUGAAAUCAAGAACCCCACCACGCCACCGCCGGCGGUCUGGGUCAUCUCCACGAUCCAGAGCAAAAUCUAGGACGCCUCCACGACGGCGCAGGUCUGGGUCAUCUCCACGGCCCAGAGAGAAAUCUAGAACACCAGUUAUGAGAAGACGAAGAUCUGUGUCUCCACUGAGCCCUAGACGGAAAUCUAGAACACCUCUGAGGCGUGGAAGGUCCAGAUCUCUCUCUAGGCAGAAAAAUGCGAGUGUGCACCAAGGUAGGUCUGAAUCAUCAUCCUACCGUGAGAGACCAAGAACUUCUUUACAACAAGGAAGGUCUAGUUCCCCCUCAAGGAGAAGUCGCUCCCGUUCAUUAUCUAGACGACGAGAUAAAUCAAGGGGUUCACUGCGGAGGGAAAGAUCCAUCUCUUCCCCGGGCCGGAGCCGCUCACGGUCUGCUUCUCGUCAGGAUAAAUCUCGCUUCCUGCGAAAGGGCGAACACUCGCCCCAUAGAGGUCGUUCUCCAUCACCAGCACAAAGAGAAAUGUUGAGACUGUCUCCUCAAAGAUCUGCCAGUAAUCGGAAUGCAUCCCGUUCACCUCCCAGGUUAGAUGCAUCCCGUAUAACGGCAGCCUACAAAAGUAGUGGGUCCAGAGUGUCUCCUGAUUUCCAGUCAUCCCCUGUGAGGAAGCGUUCCAGAUCAGGCUCCCGGGAAAUCUUUGCUUCUCCAGGAAGGAAAUCUCGUUCUCCUCCAGUGCUAGAGAAAUACCCCAAGUCUGACACUCAGGAGAAGUCAGCAGCGUCCUCACUUUGGCACAGCAAAAGCAACACUGCCAUCCCUCGCACUCCAACUCCACCCCGUGAGGAUUCUCCCAAACCACGAAAGACCUUGUCUCCGGCUCCAUCCAUUCUACAAGAGUUGCCGUCUGUCUUGAAAAAUGGUGGUUCUGCUACCCUCCAUGACCUCCCAGGGGACAGGAGUCAGGCUUUAUAUCCUACCAUGGUUAGGGAUGAUGCAACUAUUGGUGUUUCUCUGUUGUCAGGGAGAAAUAGUUCUUGUGCAGAAUCCCCUCUUCCUAUCAAAGCUAGGUCCCCUUCCUCUUCCUCCCACUCCUCCUCCUCUGCUUCCUCCAGUCCCUUGCCAGCACUGGUUUCUGUGCUAGCCCCACCUCCCAAAGAGGAAGAGUUAGGAUCUGAAGGAAAGGUGGCAGACAGGCCUGAAGCUCGCCUUCCAACCCUUGAUGCUGAGCCAGAGUUGGCUACUGAAAUCACAGAGAAGAAUAGCAGGAAUAGUUGUCCCACUGCUCCACAGCUCACUGUUCCCUCCCCUCCGCCUUCUGCCCCGUCCAAGGUGAAGAGAAGUUCCUCCGCUUCGUCCACCACAUCUUCGUCGUCAUCGUCCUCUUCAUCGUCAUCGUCGUCUUCAUCUUCUGACUCUGACUCCAGUUCAUCUGAGUCCAGUCCCCACAAUCAGCCAGAGAAGGAACUUGAGGCUGAGGUUGUAGUAAAACAGCUGCCAAGUCCAGAGCAGAAGGAAGGUAAUCAUGAAGAGCAGCCUAUUGAAUUGGGCAAACAUAAGCGACGGUCUCGGAGCUCCAGCAGUUCCAGCAGCAGCUCUUCCUCUUCUUCCUCCUCCUCCUCCUCCUCCUCCUCCUCGUCUUCCUCAGCCUCAUCGUCAUCCUCAUCUUCCUCAUCAUCGUCAUCACCCAAGACUGGACCCCAGGCACAGGCCAAGGUGGCCACCAAAAAGAAACCAUCACCAGAGCAGAGGAAGUCUCGCAGCCCCCGGAAGCCUAUCGACUCCCUGCGUGACUCUCGUUCUCUUAGCUAUUCUCCAGCAGAACGGCGCCGGGUUUCUCCUCCAGCCCAGCCACCUUCUGCUCCGAGGGAUAGACGCAGGGACAGGUCCAGGGACAGAUCCUUGCAGAGAAACAGACGAAGCAUCAGCAGGUCCCCAGGACGAAAAAGACGACGCACUUCCCCCAGCCCCCGAGCCACCCGCCGCAGAACUUCAAGGUCACCCUAAGCCUAUUGGAAGGUCUGGAAUGCCCUUGCAACCACAGACUUCGUCACCCUGGCCUCCCACAACGCUGUCCCAGGUGGGAAGCCCCCUGCCUCCUGAUGCCCACUGGAAACCAGUGCGUGUGUGUGGGGCAUCUUCAUUUGCCAUUGGCUUUUUAUUCUCAUUAGUUUUUUCCUUCACUGUCCCCUGUCUUUAUUGCCCAUCAUUUGUCGGCAGCUACAUUCCCUUCUUCCCUGGACAUCUCUGCUCAGCACCCAUCAGGAUCCACCGCCUCUGCGUUUCUUCUCCUCUUCCUCUUCCAACAGUUGGUGAUGUUCAUUUUGAUUUUUUCCCCCUCUCUCUCCUGUGAGCGUUUUUUUUUUCCUGUGCGUUUUACAGCUAAGAUCUUCUGUGUUUCGAGAGAGGGAGUCUUUUUGUUUCUUUAGACAUAAAAGGUUUUAAAAAAAACACAAAGGGGGUGGGGGUGGGCUAGGGAGAUACGUGAGCUAAUCCAUUUGAUGUAGUGUUUCUCAGGCACCCUUCUCUAAAAUGGUGGUGGGCUGUAGGGAGAAGGAAAGAGUGCAUGUUGGCUUUGGAGACCUAUCACAGUCCCAUGUGGAACCUCUGCUGCUCGGCAGCACUUUGUUGCUCCCUGUUGUUCAGGAUAAGAACUACAUUAGAAGCAUCUUUUUUUGAGGAAAUAAGUGGUAAUCUCUUUAAGUAGAAAGUGGCAGCAGGCUUGACUUUUGAGGGUGGUGAACUUAAGGAUUAGACCAGUGUGCCGCCCCUCCCCCAAAUAAAAAACAACAACAAAAUUUUAAUAUGUGGUGCUCCUUUUUUCCCUUUUAGCCCUCCCUCUAAACAGACUCUUUUUCAUAUUGAUCAGCUGAGCCAAGUCAGGAGGGGUGGGGGGACUGGACUGGAAAUAGGGCAGCCAGGCAUUUUAUGGGGAAGGCGAAUUGAGAUUUGCGGGAAAGAAGCUGAGAAACCCUAAAUCAGGGAGGGAUGGGAACAGAAGUUUCUUCAUAUUUCUUAAAAGCAUUUAAUUUUUUUUGAUAUGUACAGCAAGGAGAUUUUUUCUGUCAAAUAAAAAAACUUAUGAAAUGCAGACAUUG